UAAAUCUUAUAUAAAAAUAAAACAACAUGGGUUGAGUAGGAAGUACAUCGAAGGCCAAAGGAGGUAAUAAGGGAAAGAGGCCACCUAAUAAAGCUCGUGCUGGAGGAGGCAAGCACCAUCAGAGAAACAAAGCCAAGGCUAGGGGAAAUCCAGGUAAUCAUAGAGGAGCAGGAUAUGUUGACGAUCACUAUGCAGAAGGAAAUUCAGGAGGCGGCCACUCUGACGGAGGACACUCUGGAGGAGGUCAUGACGACGGUCAUGAUGGUGGUCAUGAUGGUGGUCAUGAUGGCGGCCAUGAUGGUGGUCAUGAUGGCGGUCAUGAUGGUGGUCACGAUGGUGGUGGUAAUGACGGCGGAGGCGGCUGCGGAGGAGGUGGCGGAGGUGAUGCCGGUGGUGGCGGAGGUGAUGCCGGUGGUGGCGGCGGAGGUGGCUGCGGUGGCGGUGGCUGCGGCGGCGGUGGCUGCGGUGGAGGUGGUGAUUAAACACUCUCCUACUUUUUACUAUCUUACCUUGAAUCUCAAAGUCUCAUUAAUUUCUCUUUCACCAAAGAUAUAUACAUGACCACCUUCCUUUUACCACACUCACCUCAAAAGGAGCCCCUCUACAAAAUCAUGAAUACCUUCUAAACAGAAACUAGUGAUUUAUCGAUUCAAUAAAU